GCGGGCGAAGAAAGCGCUCAGAGGGAGAGAGAGAGGAAGACGGCGACGAUGAGCGGCGCCGGCUCUCCGGACUUCUUCUGCAGGGAAGCACAGCGCCUCGGUUACGUCGCUCGAUCUGCCUUCAAGCUUCUGCAGAUGCAGAAGCAGUAUAAGCUCAUAACUCCGGGGGCUUCGGUGCUUGAUCUUGGAUGCGCACCAGGCGCUUGGCUUCAGGUAGCAUGUCAGAGCUUGGGUCCUCUGGAGAAGGGCGGAUCAGUCAUUGGCAUUGAUAUAAAGAAAGUGAAAGUUCCUUCUUCUCAUUGUGAUUCUCGGGUCAGAGCAAUCUGUUUGGAUGUGAUGAAUUUGUUGAGAGAUCAAGUCAAGGCAAUGUCUCCUCAGGAAAGAGGGUUUUCUGUGAUUUUAUCGGAUAUGUGUCCGCCAGUAUCGGGCAUCACAGUAAAGGACACUGCUCUCUCCUGCGAACUUGGCGCGCGCGCCCUCUCAUUGGCUAUAGGCAGGGUACUUUUACCAAACUCAGCUGGGGAUAAUAUAGCAGAGUUGAGUGACAACAACACAGACGCCGAUACAAAUGAAGAUGGUGUUCUUCGUCAAGGAGGCAACCUUGUGAUUAAACUCCUCGAGAGCGAAGAUAAUGCAGCCUUUCUUAAAUUUUGCAAACAGCGUUUCGCAAAGGCAGUAUGGUUAAGACCCAAGGCUACCAGAUCCUCGUCGAGAGAGAUAUACUUGAUAUGUCAAGGUCGUAGGUAGGCCAUUGCCUGACUGGUAAAAACUGCAUUCUCUUCUGUAAAAGCAUAUUCUCAUGCAAUUUUGAGUUCCAUUUCUUUGACAGAUUUAAGAUCUUGUAAAACUGAAAUGAACAUGAAUGUUAAUUUAAAAUUUUUGUGUGGACAUGAAGUUUUUGAUGUGGAAUCAAUGUCGGAUCUAGCCUGCCAUAGUAUUUUGUAUAAAAUAUGAGGGAUGUUCAAAUCCAACUUUUUUUUUCUGGAUAAAUUGAAUCAGUCAAUCUAGGCUAUCAGUGUAGUCGUAGUCGAUGUCGAAUUUAGGUAUAUAGCGGUUCAUCACAACAUGUUAGGUGACUAACUGUUUAAUCGAAUUUGAGUUUUAAAAUCAAACCGAAUAAAUUAAAUUUUCUAAUGUAAUGUUUUUUUCAUAACCUCUAAAUAUUUUGCUGUUUCGUCUUAUCCGAUUGCAUCAUCAAUCAAUAAUGCAUGCGUUCCAUGCUGAAUCACAAACACCGGACCACUCACUCGUCACAUGCUCUGUCUCCUCGUCCCGGAGACCUCCAUCCUUUCUCUUCCACGUCGGGUCAACACUGCUCGAAUCAGAUGCACGUCACGGCGGCCGUCGGCUGUUGGAUCCACGCGUGCGCCGCCGGGCGGGGCAGCAUCCGACAUGCCUCCGAAUGGUCAGCGUCUCCCUCUGUCGCCAUGCGUGCGUGGUGACGUCCGUGCCUGCUCCAUUAUUAGUGCUCUGCUCGCCCUCUGUCUCCCGAGUCAAUUAAUUCAACACCUAUUUUCUAAUCUCGCUGCUGUUUUGACUGUACGCAGGGCGGUGGGUCGCUGUGUACAUGGAGGCCUCCAAAGAGCAGUAGCAUCUCACUGGUCUCCAACAGCAAUAAGCCUGAUCAAGUCCUCUCUCUAUAAAAGGCGUGCUUAUCCUCCCGCUGUUUCUUCACUUCGUGUUGAAUCCGUCCAGACGAUGGAGGUGCGCAUGGAUGAGAAAUGGAAGCUGUCGAGGAAGAGAGGAGGCGGAGAAGCGAAGAGGAGGAGCACGGCGGAGUCCUUGUCCAGGAGAUGUGGGAGUCUUGUGAGAGAGCAGAGGGCCAAAUUCUACAUCAUGCGCCGCUGUGUUGUUAUGCUCCUUUGCUGGAGAGAUUGACUGCCACUGGAAAAGAAAAACAGAAAAAAGGGAAAAGAAAGUUGAGAACAAAUCCAAGUGUAGAAGAAGAGCUCACAAGGGAUGGAGAGAUCAAAGUAAGACAUGCAAUAAAAGGAGAAGUUUUGUUUUGUUUUCCCAUAAUUUGGUACAUGUAUUGGUGAAAGGGAAAGGAAUUUGUAUGGAAAACUUAAUUGGAAUCAUAAACCUUUUGUUCUUCCUUAAUUUGUGUCUUAUAGAAGAAAUUACUGCAUUGAACCGCGCAA